CCCCUUCUCCCUUCCCCCCCAGGCUCGCCGCCGAUCGAUGGAUGCCCCUCUCCGUAGCCAUUUGGGCUCAAGUCGUUUUGGUUCGGGGAGUUCCAGCUCAAGCCAGGUCGCCUCUGUGCGUUCAGGGGGGGAAAAGGUACCCAUACCUCUACCCCUCCCUCGUUUGCCGCCUUUGGGGCCUCCUGGGAGUCUCUCGUCGCCACCGCUGGGUUCGCCUCGAAGUCCUGCUCAGGACGCAUCCCGGGAGAGGUCCGGGGAGUAGCGGUAUUGGUACCUUUUGGUCUCCCCAUGCGUUCCCAGAGCACGGCAUAGUUGUUGUGCACAUGUGGCAACAUGAAUCUGACAACGAGGCUUGUAAAAGAGUGCGUGUUGUCUGGUCAAAGGCCGCGAGUGGGCAAACGCAUCGCGUGUAACGCAUGCGAAGACACCACUAGAUUCAUAACGCACCAAGUGCGCAUGGAGACGCCUGCCGUUUGGACUGUAGCGGGUCUUUGUGCGAACCAGUUCGACAAUUCAGGACAGGAGGCAGAGCACGUUGAGAAGCGCAAGACAUUCCCAUUGGGUCGAGGAGCUGGCAGAGGGCAUGCGGUAGCAUACAGGCCUUUCAGCAGGAAAGAGUUGACUCCGGAUGAAGCCAAACACGUGUGUAAUGUGUUGGUGGCCCUGUUGGGCUUAAGUGACGUGGAGUUGGGGAACAUUGUGCUUACAUUUCCGCAGGUCAUCAGUCAAAGACUUCGCCCAACUGAAGCAUGGAUCCAAAGCAUGAGGUUGUUGCUCAAUCUGAGCACUGCGGAACUAAAGAAGGUGGUCCUCCGGGCACCGAGAGUGCUGGGCCUAAGCUUCGAUGGGAUCGUAAAGCCCUGGCUGCAGUCGCUGCGAGAGCUCCUCGGGCUGAGCGAUGCGGAGCUGAAGAAGCUGGUCCUCUGGGCGCCGGCCGUGCUGGGCCUGAGCUUCGAGGAGAACGUGAAGCGCUCGCUGCAGUCGCUGCGGGAGCUGCUCGGGCUGAGCGAUGCGGAGCUGAAGAAGCUGGUCCUCCGGGCGCCGACUGUGCUGGGCUUGAGUUUCGAGGAGAACGUAAAGCCCUCGCUGCAGUCGCUGCAGGAGCUGCUCGGGCUGAGCGAUGCGGAGCUGAAGAAGCUGGUCCUGCGAGCGCCGGCCGUGCUGGGCCACAGCUUCGAAGAGAACGUGAGGCCCUCGUUGCAGUCGCUGCGGGAGCUUCUCGGGCUGAGCGAUGCGGAGCUGAAGAAGGUGGUCCUCGGGGCGCCGGCCGUGCUGGGCUACAGCUCCGAGGAUAACGUAAAGCCCUCGCUGCAGUUGCUGCGAGAGCUCCUCGGGCUGAGCGAUGCGGAGCUGAAGAAGCUGGUCCUCCGGGCGCCGACUGUGCUGGGCUUGAGUUUCGAAGAGAACGUGAAGCCCUCGCUGCAGUCGCUGCGGGAGCUGCUCGGGCUGAGCGGUGCGGAGCUGAAGAAGUGGUCAUCGGGGCGCCGACCGUGCUGGGCUACCGUUUCGAAGAGAACGCGAGACCCUCGCUGCAGUCGCUGCGGGAGCUGCUCGGGCUGA